UCCUCCAUGCUCAAAUAAUGCUUCAAAACUCAAUACAGUGCAUCAAUUUAAAAUGUAAAUGUUAAUUGUAGAAUUUAUCCAUUAAAUCACUCUAUUUAUCUAUUCACGGCACCGCAUCACUGGGAGCACCACUGUCUGUGCUGCGUAAAAGCGCACGCCAUCCAAUCCAUCGACUCUUGGCUCUAUAAAAACGCAGCGAGCUGUCAAUGCGCCUGAAGUUACGCACUGGCAACAGUUUUGUGCGAUAAAUAUUAUUAAAUUAAGGUUAAAGGCCCUAUCAUAGUUAGAUUUAUUUAAACUGAAUUAAAAAGAUCCACUUGGACUUAAAUAUCACAGUUGGGAUGUGCGCGCAAAGACUAUUUUGCUCCCCCACGGAAACCUAAAAUGGCAAUGACAGACAAUGAAGACGGGAGAAGUUGGAAUGAUACGAUUCAGCAGUGAGUAACUCGAGCAGGAUGGGAAAAUUACACUAAAAACGAGCAAUGCAGAAGGAGAUGAUGGACGAGCGCACCGAGUACGCAUCUGGAAGUCUCCUGUUAAGUGUUUACAACACGAGCUUCACGGGGAACAGGACUAAUCUCUCCUGGAGUGACUUUCAAGAUCUCGCCGAUUUAGAUAAACCCGAAUUUAUGGGAGACGGAUCUGCGGUCCUGAGAAUAAUCAUCUCUGUCAUUUACUCGGUUGUGUGCGCACUGGGUUUAAUCGGUAACAUCCUCGUCCUGUAUCUCAUGAAGUCCAAACAAGCAUGGAAGAAGUCUUCUAUCAACCUCUUCGUGACCAGUUUGGCAGUCACAGACUUUCAGUUUGUUUUGACGCUUCCUUUUUGGGCUGUGGAGAACGCCAUGGAUUUCACUUGGCUGUUCGGGAAGGCGAUGUGUAAGAUAGUUUCUUAUGUCACGGCUACGAACAUGUACGCCAGCGUGUUUUUCCUCACGGCUAUGAGCGUGGCGAGAUACUGCUCCGUGGCUUCGGCGUUAAAAAGUAGAAGACGCCGGCUGCGUUUCUCCGCGCAGUGGAUGACUAUCGUUAUCUGGAUAGCAGCGGUCGGUGCCGCUCUGCCGAACGCGAUAUUUUCAACGACCGCCACGGUUUCCAACGAGGAACUGUGUCUGGUGAAAUUUCCCGACCGGAGCGGGGACGCGCAAUUUUGGCUGGGUUUAUAUCACGCGCAAAAGGUACUUUUGGGGUUCCUCAUUCCGUUCGGUGUCAUCACUAUCUGCUACCUGCUUCUCCUGCGCUUCAUAACUAACAAAAACGUGAACACCUCCAGUGCUAAGAGGAGAUCAAAAGUGACUAAAUCUGUUACUAUCGUCGUUUUGUCUUUUUUCCUGUGCUGGCUACCGAAUCAGGCGUUAACAGCGUGGGGAAUCUUAAUCAAACUCAAUGUGGUGCACUUCAGUUACGAGUAUUACACCACACAAGUGUAUAUUUUUCCAGUUACAGUAUGUUUGGCUCAUUCAAACAGCUGUCUCAAUCCCAUUCUGUACUGUCUGAUGAGAAGGGAAUUCAGAAAAGCGUUGAAAAGGCUGUUUUGGCAAAUCACAUCGCCUUCUGUGACGAACAUGAGACCGUUCACCGCCUCCACGAAGCCCGAGCAGGAUGAUCACGGUCCGGUACUGGUUCCGCUCAGUGCCGCGGAGCCCGCGCUUAUUUUUUAUCCUCCGGGGGCUGUCAUGUAUAACGUCAAAAACGACCCUCUGCCUAACAGCACAUAACGCGAAGUUGUUAGUGAUGAGAAACGUUUAAGACUCAGACAAAAUGGCAAAAUAAUUAGUUUGUACGUUUGUUUGUCUUUGUUUUUGUUUUGUUUUUUCUCCCUCCGCCAACUAAACUAAAGCGCAGACUUAAAGAGUUCCGGUUUGGAACACCUUGCAGAAGUGGAAGGGAUCCUCCCCGUUCUAAACGCUGUAGGCUAAUCCAUACCGGGUUUUACAACCCUUUAACUUCGCUCCCUGUUCCACUACUCUGCUCAUACUCUAAUAUGGAACUGUGAAAACAAUCUAAUUAGAAGUUUUUUUAGGCCUAUUCAUUAAAACCUUUUAGAGCCUGUUCACAGAGCACAACGUGGAUUCAUAUUUAAUUCUACUUUUGCAUUGUUUGUAUUUUUUUUUAAACCAUGAAUGUGUCAACAAUAACGGACUUAUAUUCACCUAUUUAUUCACAGUAAGGCACACAUAUAUAGGUCUAUUUUUGUUCAACAAUUACCCAAAGCAAAAAAAUUACCCUGCUAAUAAACAUCUUACAUCAGUGAUGAUGGGUUGUGCUUUUUUUUUUUCCUUUGCAAGGUAAAUCCUCUAAAAAAAAUAAAAAAAUAAAAAAUCUCCAAAAUCAGCCAGUUUACUAGCCUGGCAAGGUUAGGAGACAGUGAAGACCAGCAAACCAUUUUAGGCUGGUUUAAGAUGUUUUUGCAGCUGGGUGAACUUCAUGUGGAUCAUUAAGAAGGUGUGUUAUCAUCAUAGGCGUAUAUGUGAACUGUGACUAUGAUAAUUUUGUCAGUUAUUUAUGUUUGAUUUUAUUGAUAUGUCCAACUUUGUUGUCAGAUUAGAAAAAUAAUUAACACCACCUGCAUAAAGAUGU